GUUAUGUUUAUGUUUUAUUAUUUUGUAUUAAAACAAUCGUUAGUAAAAAUGGAAACAACAAAACACAUAUUUACUUAUAAUGAGAAGAAAUGUUUGCGCGAUAUUGUAAAGAAAUAUUAUGCUAUUGUAGAAAAUAAGGAUAUUCACACCGAAGCCGUAAGGCAAAAGAAUGCAACUUGGCAACAAAUUGGUGAAGAAUACAACGCUUGUCCACAUGUUUCAUUUCAUGCAACACCAAAACAGUUAAGACGAUUAUGGCUCAACUUGAAACAAAGGAGCAAGGCUAAACCACAAACAUUACUUCUAAAAAAAGAACCUGAACUGAAUGGUACACAGAAUGAGGAUCCAUUAAGAGUUGAGUUACUACAAAAGGGUAUAAAUGAGUUACAAACUUUUAACUAUAGGGAUCAACAGGAAGAAUGUAGAAAAAGUGAAAAGCAUGAAAUAGAAAUGCACAUUUUAAAGGAACGGUUGAGAGAAGCUAAGGCAAAGGCAGAUUUAGCUGAGCUAAUAUACAACCAGCAGUUUAAUACUGGUACUGUUACAGCUGAAAUAGAGCAAUCAAACUACAAAUAAAGCAUUGCAUGUGACUAACAGAUUUUAAACUGUUAUGCCUUUAAGAACUCACUGAGCAAAAGCUGUGUCACAAAACUGAACAAAUGUGUCCCUGGAAUAAUGAACUGCUUUGGGGAUGAUACAUUUUGUCAACUGAUUUCGAGUUUGAUGGAAGGCAGAGAACGGUAAUCACAUUCUCUUAUGUGAAGGUAAAUGAUUAAAAUAUACUGGAAAUACAACACAAGAAAAGAUACAGGAAAGUCUCUCUUUCAUUAGUCCCUAGGAAAGGAACCCUAUUUGGUGGUAAUAGAACUUCAAAAUGAUAAUAUAAUACUUAAGUUUAUUUAAUUUACAAACUUCAGUAUUACUUUAAUUUCUGUGUUUGUACAAUGAAUAUUUUGUAAACAAAUAUUACCAUUUCUUACAAUAAUAGAAUAAUAUAUUCCAAUACUAAAAACCUUAUUUUCUUGUAUUUCAUGUCAAAACUACAAAAUGUCAAUUUACAAUUGCAUUAAUAAAACAUGAGAAAAGCUCUUUUAAGUUUGCUGGAUGUUGAUACCCUAUUUCUAUAUUAAAAAUUAUAUUUAUUUUCGGUAAUGUCUAUGGAAAGCGUAGGCUUGUAUGAGGAAAAGGAAAUUGUGCACAGUGACAUAAUCAUGACAUUUAAUAUUAACUAAAUUGAUAAAUUAUGUCUAUACCAGCUAUGCACUUUUUAAGGUUUAUCCAUUACUAUCUAAACAAACUGAGUUUAGUUUUAAAGGCUCAAAUUACUUAAAAUAAUAUGUAAACAGGUUAUCAGCAAAUCAAACCCAGAACUAGCCAUGAGCUACUUUGCCAGGUGGUUACCAUAAUAAGUAUUAUUUAACAUAAUUUCACCAUAUAUAUACUUUUUCUUUAAGUUUAUUUUACUUAUGGCAUAACAAUUAGACGAAACUAGUUUAUUAGAAAAUUAAG